UGUCACUCGCGUACUCAAUACUACGUUCACCGCUCUAACCAUAACUUUGUGAUAAAUUCGUUAUUUGUCGUACGCUCGUCUACGACAUGAUAAUAAUUCUUUCGUUUGUGUAAUUUAUACUAUACUUCUUAUACAUCAGAAAUCAAUAAUCAUAAAGGUGUGUGCGAUUCGCUUAAGAACAACACCACCCGUGGUUUAUUAUUUUCCUUUAAAAACAUUAUUAAAUUCCGAUCAGAAGCCGACCGCCAGUGACUUUUCGACGAAAUACAAUAUAAAAUUCACUAUAAUAUUAACGUCAUGAUACAGACUAUCGAGUCAGGCGCGGUUGUGGUCUAUGAAAUUGGCUUCUUUUGCGUUUUAUACGCGUCUAUCACAUCCGGCUCACUGAACGGCAGAGGUAGAGGACUGAUACAAAAUGCUCUAACCAUGGGCGUUAGACAAAAUAAUGUCACCGGUCGCGACUGCGUGUACAAGCGAGAUGCAGACGACACGUGUCCCGGAGAAGAUAUACUUUUUCAUUACUACACGCUCAGGAACACAGGUGGAGGAGGAAGAGGAGGAGGAGAAGGGUAUUCGAAAAUGCAGAAGCAACAAAUUGAAUUCGCAUCACCCGCCUGGCUACACUCGAGCGGAUGGGAUCGUUCACUGCACACGGUGUUAAUUGUGCACGGAUACGGAGGGACGGCACAAGACUACUUGCCCGGUGCCGUGCUUAGAGACGCGUACUUGAACAACGGAAAGUACAACGUGUUUAUGGUGGACUGGAGCAAACUGUCGAUGAUCCCGUGUUACGCGGCUGCGGUUCACAAUCUCAAACCUGUGGCCAAGUGUAUGGCGGUUAUGUUGACGCAUCUGCGAGCCGCUGGUCUGGACAUUGACCAGCUCACGUGCGUAGGUCACAGUCUUGGCGCACAUAUAUGUGGAAUUAUGGCCAAUUACCUACCAUUUAGAAUGCACCGUAUCAUAGGCGUGGAUCCGGCGAAACCAUUAAUUCGAAAUCGAGCAUCUAAUCGAUUGGAUUCUGGAGACGCAGACGUCGUGCAGAUCAUACACGCCACGUCCAAGUACGGUGAUUCGAAGCGCAUGGGGCACGUGGAUUUCUGUCUGAACGGAGGACGUGUGCAGCCAUUUUGUUUGAAUGCUUCCGACACUGAACUGUGUGGUCACGCUAGGAGCGUGUGUUACCUGGCCGAGAGUUUGGACCCAGACACCGCCCGCAAAGCUGUGCCGUGCACCAGGAGAUGUGUGCAGGGCAGUGAAAGUGGUUCGAGUUUUUCGAUUGUCAACUCUUUUGGCCAAACGCCGUACGUCAUCCUGGGCCAACACACACCUGAUGAGGUGAACGGAGUGUACUGCGUAACCAACUCUGACGCACCUUACUGUUCGAAAACCAGCGUCAAGGGUAGUCCGUACUGCUGUCCGCCGCCGUUUUCGGGCGGCCAACAGAUUAACAACGAUAAUGUCGAUCACACGAUGCGUUUACCCGAAGACGUGGACUACAGCAACGGCAACAACUGAAAACACAACACGGACGAGGGGAGGAAAAAAUAAAUAUUGAAAACGCCGAAAAAAUCAUGAGACGUCUUAAUUUUAUUGUCUUUACACGAAAUGUACAAAAUAUCAAAUAUUUUUUUUUUUAAAUAUUAUAUAAAUCACAUGAAUAAAUGUAUAUAUAUUUAUUA